GUCCAGGUCCCUGGUUUGCUGUGGCUGCAGCUGCGGGAGCACGCAGCAAGAGCAACAACCCCGGCUGCCGUUAUCUGUGGCCGGGAGGAGCGGGUGUGGGUUCGCUCUCCACGCGGGACGCAGUCUUCUCUGCCGCCCGACAGCUCCAUGCUCAGCAGCAGUGAGCGACCUGGCUGAGCACAGGCGCCCAUCACCUCCUGUCUGCAGGGGCCAAGCAUGAGAGAGGAUGAGCCAGAGACACAGCCUGGUGCAUCUCUUUGCUGGAGGAUGUGGGGGUACUGUUGGUGCAAUUCUGACAUGUCCGCUAGAAGUUGUGAAAACACGGCUGCAGUCCUCCUCUGUUACUCUCUACAUCUCUGAAGUUCAUCUCAGCACUGUGAAUGGUGCUAGUGUCAAUCGAGUAACUAGAGUAUCUCCUGGACCUCUCCAUUGUUUGAAGAUGAUCUUGCAAAAGGAAGGUCCUCGUUCUCUGUUUAGAGGGCUAGGUCCUAAUUUGGUAGGCGUUGCUCCUUCCAGAGCAAUAUACUUUGCUGCUUACUCAAAUUGCAAGGAAAAGUUGAACAGUAUUUUUGAGCCAGACUCUACCCAGGUACACAUGAUUUCAGCUGGAGUGGCAGGUUUUACUGCAAUCACAGCGACCAAUCCUAUUUGGCUAAUAAAGACGCGAUUACAGCUCGAUGCAAGGAAUCGUGGAGAAAAGCAAAUGAGUGCGUUCGAAUGUGUCCGAAAAGUCUAUCAUUCAGAUGGAAUUAAAGGCUUUUACAGAGGAAUGUCGGCCUCCUACGCAGGCAUAUCUGAAACUGUUAUUCAUUUUGUUAUUUACGAGAGUAUUAAGCGAAAACUACUGGAAUUUAAGACUGCUUCUAGCAUGGACAGUGAGGAUGAAUCUGUAAAAGAAGCUUCAGACUUUGUUGGAAUGAUGAUGGCUGCUGCCACUUCCAAAACCUGUGCCACAUCUAUAGCAUAUCCACAUGAGGUUGUACGAACAAGACUACGUGAAGAGGGAACAAAAUACAGAGCUUUCUUCCAGACACUAUCUUUGCUUGUGCGAGAAGAAGGGUAUGGAUCCCUCUACCGUGGUCUAACUACACAUCUGGUCAGACAGAUUCCAAACACAGCUAUAAUGAUGUCAACCUAUGAAGUGGUAGUCUACUUACUGAAUGGAUAGCAAAGUUACAAGGCUAUCUCUAGGAAGGUGGAAGACCAAAAGAUUGCAGUGGACCACCAAAUAUCAAUGCCAACGUGGUGGGCAGAAGAAAAUUAUCUAUCAGGAACAGGCAGCUAUGGACGAAAUAGAAGAUUGAUUAUAGGCAACCAUGAGCAAUUUGCUGCCUUAUUGUAUGGUUCUUUUGUGACCAUGUGACAAAGGAGCUGCCCCCAGGGGAAUGCCUUUAAACACAUCUUACUUCAAAAUUGCUAUUUUCUCUCCAUGUGUUAAUUUACAUGAUGCAAAACCAUGAGCUUCAGUGAUUUGGAGGGAGGAGGUUAUAUAUCGUAUUCUAUUGCAACGGAUAGCCUUGUUCCACUCAUAAUGUUUGGUCUUCAAUACAUUUUGUUUCAGUGUACAAUAACCUAUUAGGGUGAGGAGGAUGAAAGCAUAGAUUCAUAACUUUGUAUGUCUGAAACUUCUAUUCAACUCCAUCUUAAGUCUCAAAUGAUGAGACUGAGGUAGUAGUUGCAGCAUGCAACUCCCGUGUUACUAUCUCAAGGAAUGUGGCACAGGGACCUAAAAUAGAAUGUACUUCAAUCUCACCUUUUGUAGCGACAGAACAGUUCAAAGUUGUGUGAGAAGCUCUCAUUGCUUAACUCUGCAGGAUACCGGUCUCUUAGCAGGACUGGAAAUCUAAGCAUGCCAAUACUGAGUCCUCUUGCUUUCAUUACCAUAGAUCUCUGCUCCCUUUUAGAAUCUAAGGGAGACCAUAAGAUGUACUGUUACAACAGAUCAUGGAGUCUCCUCACCUGAUCUGUAAUGUGACCCACACUACUAACACUGGAAUUGCAGAACAGUCUUUAAGGAGUCUUAAUGAAGUGUUAAAUUCUAACAAGUGAACCUGCUUUACAUGAUGCAGGAUAUAUAAUGUUCAAUCAAACACAGCUUUAUGCAAGCUAGUGACUAGAGUACCCACACUUCUCCUGGAUUAAAGGAGGAGGGCACAUACUUCACCAUGUGUAAAGCUAUAGGAAAGCAUAUAGAUCAAUUCCUGUGUAGUAAGUUGGGAGUUGCUGUAGAUCAUUUUCAGUGAAACCCCAGCCACUUUCAGAGUGAUGGAGAAGAUGGUAAUUGAGAAUAUUUUGUUUAAACAUUCCCCUUAAAAGUUGCUUAUCCCUUGUUUUUCAACCUAAAGCUGGGUGCAAAACUGCAGAUAACCGUAUAACUCUGUCCUUUCAGUUAUCUGAAUAUUCAGGCAUUGGUUUUAAUUGAUAUUUUGUAAUACUAGUUACAGAAUAAUGCAUUAUGUUUGACAGCAUAUCUUAGCUAGUUCGGUUACUUGUUCUGCCAUAACUUACCAAGUUUUCCAGAUCCAGAGUAUGAGAAAUAAGUUUCAGAUUCUACAUAGCUUUUCAAACACGUAGACCUUGAAUACUUCCAGGAUUAAAUCUGCUGCCCUUCGGAUGAGAUGUUCACAGUGAUUUUUGCGGCAGUAGCUUUCUAUCUAUAAAUGCCACUACACUGGUAUAACAAAGCAGUGCAAUUAACUCCUCCAGUGUGGUACUUCAGUAUACAUUAAACUGUGUGUUUGUGUGCAAUGGCUUUAUCUUACAAAUGACUCCUUAUGCACUUUGUGGCCUUUUUUGGCUUGUGAUUUUUCUCCCGUUUAAGAUUUUUGAUAUUGGUCAUGUGCAGUUAGAAACAGUGUUCAGUGCACACAGAUUCUUUUGAAGCUAAGUGUAUGGUUUGAUUUCCAAACACCUGUGCAGAAAAAGACAUUGUUUGCAGUAGAUCGCUAGGAUCGAUGUUCA